UUGGUUGCCAAGAAAAUGACAAAUACAACAAAAGAAUAAAAGGGUGAGUGAUGAUAACCCCCAGCACCCACCCACCUGGCAAUCCCUGCUUCAAACACACUACUACAACAACCCUACCCCUCACACGAUCCCCAUUUUCUUUCUUCUUCCAUCACUUUCCUUCCCUUUCCUCUCUAAUUUUCUAAGGAAACAAAACACCAUGCUUGAUCCCAACACAAACCCACAUGAACACCCAUUCCUCUUCAACAGUCGCGCCGACGACGACGAAAUUAAAAGUGACACAACAACAAACUACGAUUCUUGGCAUUCCGUAAAUUACGCUUCCCGGGCUCCUCAGAAAACUACUAAAAAAUAUGGAAACCACAGCAUGGGAGGCCGGAUCAACGUCGAUAAUACUACUGCUGCCGGUGACGAGUCUGACUCGCCGCCGUUGCGGAAGACGACGAGCCGCGUGAAGAACUACCGGAGUCUGUCCCCGGCUUCGAAAAAACAAGCAAUCGCCAGAGGACAGAGGGAGCUCAUGGAGAUGGUGAAGAACAUGCCUGAGUCGUGCUACGAGCUUUCGCUGAAAGAUCUCGUUGAGCAUAAGUAUAGGCCAAUGGGUGGCGAAGAAGAAGAAGAUCGAAAUCAAUAUCGAGGUCAAGAGGAAGAAUACGAUGAUAGAAGUACUGAGAAUUUGGUAAGGAGGGGAAAUGGAAACGGAAACGAAAACGAAAUGAAGAAAAAUGGUGAGAGGAAGAAACUGGUGAUGAGGAGUGGGAGUAUAGAUAGUGGGGGGUUUCUUUUGAAGAUGGUUUUGCCAAUUUCUUUGGGGGGUAAGAAGAAGAAUAAUAAGAGCGUUAAGGAGAAGGGUGAGUGUUUGGUGGUGGAUGCAAAUGGCAAUAAUAUGAGUGCAAAGGUGUCUCCAAAGCCUCAGGGGUUGGAUGGAUCUGUGAAGGUAGUGGGUGGGGAUAAUGAAUGGUGGAAGAUGAAGAGAUUUUCUGUAUCAGAAAGGAGUGAAAGUGGUGUUUCUAGUAUCAAUAGUGGAAGCAGAAAAAGCAGUGGCAGCGGUAGCAGCAGCAGUUGUAGCAGCAGAAGCAACAGCAGGCGCAAGAGCAGUGGAUGCUGGUCGUUCAUCCUGCUCAAGAAGAACAAGAGGCGGGAUUGAAUGACGAUUUGCACCUUCUAGAUACAAUACAGCAUGGAGAUUAAUAUUAAUUAAGUGUUUGUGUAAUUACGUCUCAAAUAAAAAUAUGCUUUUGAGAUAUUGUAGAAUAUUGCAAAAGAAAAUUGCCGUAGCUUGUGGUGUGUAUAUUUUUGAAGAUUUUGGGAGAGUUGGUAUAUCUUUUCAUUUAAUUAAUGGAACUUAUAAUAAUUUCGUGCC